GCUCAAGACAAUAAAAGCGCGUGUAAAGGUGUUGUAAUUGAACCGGUAACCCGACCACGCCCCCUUAGUGACGUCUCAUCAAGCGUUUCGCCGCGAGCAGCGGCCGCUUUUGCUUUGGUAGGUUUGUUACGCGCUGCAGUGAGUAGGUUGUGUCGGACAGUGUCCAGCGCCCGUAUCAGCGCGCGCGCUGUCAUUAAUCACCCUCCGAUAUUCCGCCGGGCUCUUUAAGAUGAGAGCCUCCGCAUCUGCUGAUCCGUCAGCAGGCGCGGCGCGGUGCCGCCCUCCCCGCUCGCCGCUGCGCCUCGCGGCACCGACGCGCGCCCGGGCUCAUCGCGGGGACUCUCUCUGCGUCGCGCGCCUGCAGGACACGGGGCGGAUCACGCGUGGAUUAUGCCGUCGGGAUGGACAAUUGAGAGGCGAAGCGAGCAUGUUCCGGUCCCGGCCCACCGUCCUCGCCAUCCCGGGCCACGCAGGUGUAGAAGGUACCCGCACUGAGCUGCCGGGCAGGGACCCGCACGCGCUUUUUGUCCGGAUCACAUCAUGCAUGUUUCAUGUCCAGCCAUGACAUGUUCCGCCACGCCGGGAUGGACGGCUUCCUCCGGGUCGCUCGUGUAGCUGCAGUCGUCGCAUUUCCGCGUUCUGGUGUCGUGGCCGGUUCCGCCGGUUUCAUCAUCGGCGGCAGCAGCAGCAGUUUGAUCAAGUGCAGGUGCUGGAGCCGGAGCUCAGCAUGUCCUCGGUCAUCACGUCCGCUCAGAGCGAACCGAGCCUGAGAAAGCUGCCGAUGGAGAGCUGGAUGUCUCAGCUGCCAUGUGCUCUGUGGGACACCCCCCUGUACCACCUGGCCAUCCCGGGCAGCCACAAUGCAAUAACCUACUGUCUGGACACGAACGACGGCUCCCCCGUCGACCUCACUCAGCCAGACAUGCUGCAAAAGCUGGACAAGUACAUGAAGCCCCUCAUCCGCCCUUUUGUGUACAAGUGGGCCAUAACGCAGGAAUACACCAUAAAGCAGCAGCUGAACUGCGGGGUCAGAUACUGCGACCUGAGAAUCGCACGCAGGCCCAACGACUCCUCCAGCGAUCUGUAUUUCUACCACGGCGUUUACACCACGCUCACUGUGGAGAGCGUCCUAAUGGAAAUAAGAGAGUGGCUGGACGCUCACCCCAGAGAAGUGGUCAUCCUCUCCUUCAGCCACUUCCUCGCCGUGACCCCAGAGCUUCACAUGGUGCUGCUCACGAGCAUACGCAACAUACUCGCCUCCAAACUCUGUCCCAAGACGGAAGCGUUAACUCUCAGAAACCUGUGGGAUUUGGGCUACCAAGUGGUUGUGUCCUAUGAACACAGUAUCGUCAGCUGCCACGGCGACCUGUGGCCACACAUCCCCUACUGGUGGGCCAACAAAUGCAAGGCCGAGGCCCUCAUCGAGGAGUUUGAGCAGAGGAAGCAGCAUGGCAGACCAGGGGGCUUCUUCGUCACCGGGAUCAAUCUGACGGAGGAUCUGAAAUACAUCUGCACUCACCCCACGGAGUCGCUCAAGGACUUGGUGAUGUCCACAUACCCGGCGCUGCUCAGCUGGGUGAAGGAGCAGACGCCCGGCUCCAGGGUGGGCUCCCUCAACAUCAUCGCCGGGGACUUUAUCACAGAGAGCAACUUCGCUCCGACUGUCGUUACGCUGAACGAGAAACUGCUCAAAUGGUCCUCGUGACUGCAGCGGUUUGCAUCAUCCUACACAAAAUGUGAAUCACAGCAUGUAGUGCAACACUGUCGGUAGAAAACUCAAGUACUUGAAUUAUUCAUUAUGUGCUAAGUGCACAGCGGAGGUGGGGAAGUGUACAUUUGGGUGUGGAUGCUGCUUGGAAUCAGGCUCUUUGGUAUUUGAGGCCACACUUGUUUGUCCCUAUUUAUGCAACGUAUCGUCCUCGGUUUUCACGAGCCGCUCAGUUUUAUGUUACGUGACCUAAGCAAUAAUGACACCGCAGAUCUACACAACGUAUUCGAAGAGCACAUAUAUAAGCGAAAUACAGGACACAGACUUUUAUAAGUAUCACUUAGUGAGUAUCAAGCUCCACCAGUCACUAAAACGCUAGCACUGCAAUAUAUAGCGAUUUAGAGAAUGUAAGACUUAUGCAGAAUGCAUGGAAAAUCUAUUUGCAUGAACCCAGCCCUGACUGUUUAACCUCUAUCUGACUCUGACAUGUUAGGCCUUGAUAUGAAAUAAUCCUGCACCGCUGUGCCUGUGGGACUUAGCUUUUCCAAUAAACUAGCAUUUUUAAGCAAA